GUACUUCAAUGUUUGAAACGGUUUGAAACAUCGUGCCGCAAAACUUUUUUAAUUACUAAUAACACCAAGUCUAGAAUUUAUCCUUUUAUAAUUUAUACGCUAUAUUCACUGGCGCUGCGUUUGAUUCAUAUAGCACAUCACUACGUACGUCGGUUUGAUUGAUAGCGUUGGGAACGAAACGAUCAAAAUUCGUUGCGUUUAUUUUGUUGAGUUUGUGACAUGAUAUAAAAUAUUUGUCUCCAAUUUUGAUGUUAUAAUUGCAAAUAUUCUAUCUUCAACACAUUAUUUUCAUUUAAUUUGUAACAUAAGCCUGGAUAAAGGCCAAUUAUUAUUUGAAAAAGGUGAAAAGGGCCUGGAUCAAACAGAUGACAGUUUUCCACAACAUGAAUUCAAUAAGUUUGUUUUGCUUAUAACUAAAGCAGGUCCAAGCUAUUGGCGGGAAAGUAUCGAAAGCCUUACAGCAAUAGGCAUCUUGGGUGUGUGGUGCGGGUGCGGAAGGCGGCGGCGGCGACGACGAAGGCGUCAGCAUCAUGUCGAACGUGGAGAACGUGUGUCCGCAAGUGCUGCGUAGCGUGUCGCGGGAGUUGCGGCGCCUGGCGGCCAGCCCACCCGCCGGCAUCAAGCUUGUGCUGCGAGACGACGAUUUUACUGACGUCGUGGCUCACAUGGAAGGACCAGCGGGCACGCCGUAUGCGGGCGGUACGUUCCGAGUGCGGCUAGUGUUGGGGCGCGAGUUCCCCACCGCGCCGCCGCGCGCCUUCUUCCUGACCAAGCUGUUCCAUCCGAACGUGGCGCCGGACAGCGGCGAGGUGUGCGUGAACACGCUGAAGCGCGACUGGCGGCCCGAGCUGGGCCUGGAGCACGCGCUGCUGGCCGUCAAGUGCCUGCUCAUCGCGCCCAACGCCGAGUCCGCUCUCAACGCCGAGGCGGCAGCGCUGCUGCGCGACCGCUACGACGACUACUUCGCGCGCGCCAAGCUGCUCACCGACAUCCACGCGCGGCCCGCCGCCGCGCCCGCGCCGCUGCGCCGCAAGGACGGCGCGGACGCCGCGAGCUCGGCCAGCGGCGCUGCCGACCUGCCGCCGGCCAAGCGCGAGCGGCGCGGUCCGCCCGUCAAGGACAAGCGGCGCGUGCUCAAGCGGUUAUGAGCGCUGUCACACUUCACUGUUCGAGACGUCGUGGGUAAAUGAUUGGCAAUAUAGAGGUUGCACUAAUUACUGCAAUCUCAGAUAGUUGAAAUGUUUUGACAAAUGAGUACCUUAAUGAACAAUUACGUGAGUCGUGCAUGUCAUAGUUAGUCAUUUCUCGUGUUGUUAAAUGUGUUCACCCCAACAGAACGUGCUGGCUGAAGAAUUCGAA